AGAGUAAACAAUGUUAGAUAUGCCGACGACACCAUGGUGAUAGCAGAUAGUUUAGAGGGACUUCAGAGGCAAAUGGACAGAAUAAACGAGUACAGUGAACAGUACGGACUAAACAUUAAUACCCACAAAACAAAACAAAUGAUUAUCAGCAAGGAGAAUAUAAACGGGGCUCAUCUAUACAUUAAUGGGACGCAGAUAGAGCGACUAAAACAGUAUUGUUACCUGGAAACUAUUAUUAACGAACAGUGGAGCAAUUUACAGGAAAUAAAGUGCCGCAUGGGAAAGGCAAGAAUGGUCUUUAACAAAAUGAGCGCCAUCUUCAAAAGUCACAACAUAUCCCUUGAUACAAAAAUGAGACAUUUGAGAUGCUAUGUUUUGUCUGUGUUGUUGUACGGGGCGGAGGCAUGGACGGUUACAGACACCACUAUUAAAAAACGUGAAGCAGUUGAGAUGAGGCUUUAUAUAAGAAUGCUGAGAAUAUCGUGGACAGCAAGGAUCACGAACAAGGAAGGAACCAGAGAUUUUGUUUACAAUCAAACGCAUAAAAUUGCAAUAUCUGGGACACGUUAUGAGAAAUGAGCACCGUUACUCCCUGCUACAGUCUAUAUUGCAAUAUAA